AUGGUUGUGAUGAACUAUUGUUUCUUGUUUCAAGACCAACUACCCACAACAAAAGCUUUCUACUACCUUGUGAUCCUUCUGCUUGUUCUGGUAGCACCACCUUUGCUGGUGUUGCUAAGAAAAAAUCACCGCGGAAGAUUACCUCCAGGUCCAAAGAGGCUUCCUAUCAUUGGAAACCUGCACCAACUUGGUAACCUGACAAGCCGAUCGCUGCUGAAGCUUUCUAAUGUAUAUGGCCCUUUAAUGUUCAUCAAAAUAGGUUCUAUUCCCGCUUUGGUCAUCUCGUCUACUGAUGUAGCAAAAGAAACUAUCAAAACUCAUGAUAUCGUGUUCUCUGGCAGACCGGCUUUGUAUUGCACCAAGAGGCUUUUUUACGGGUGCAGUGAUAUAACUUUUGCUCCUUAUGGUGAGUACUGGAGAGAGAUCAGGAAGAUAUCGAUAUUAGAACUGCUGAGUCCAAGGAGAGUUGCAGCGUUUCGAGCUGUGAGGGAAGAGGAAGUAUCAAUUGUUGCCGAUUUUGUUCGCAAAGCUUCAACUCCCAUUAAUCUAACUGAUUUAUCAUUUGCUGUCAUAAACAAUGUUAUCUGUCGAUCUACUUUUGGUAGGAAAUUCGGACAGGGGGGAGGCAAGCUUCGCAGUAUUCUUCAAGUAACCCAGGAUAUGGUAGCUGGAGCUAAGACUGCAGACAUUUUCCCAUGGAUGAGAUGGAUUCACAGGUUUGAUGGAGUUGACGCGCAAAUAGAGAAAAAUUUUCAACAACUAGAUAGUUUCUAUGAGAGCGUAAUAGAUGAACACCUCGACCCCCAGAGACCCAUCCCCGAGCUUGAAGAUCUUGUUGAUGUUCUUCUCCGCCUUCAGAAGGACCAUAGUCAGCGUAUCUCCUUCAGUAGAGAUCAAAUUAAGGGAAUCCUCACGGAUAUGUUCAUUGCUGGAACCGAUACAUCUACAUCGACACUGGUGUGGACGAUGACAGAACUAGUUAAGAACCCUGCCGUGAUGGAGAGAUUACAAGAGGAAGUAAGAAGCAUUCUCGGCAAUAAAAACGUGGUAGAAGAAAUUGAUCUUCCGAAACUAAACUACAUGAAGUCUGUAGUAAAGGAGACCCUGCGGCUUCAUGCACCAGGUCCAUUACUUGUUCCCAGGGAAACUACAGAUGAUUGCACCAUAAAUGGAUACAAUGUUCCAGCAAAAACCAGGGUGUUCUUUAAUGCACAAGCCAUUGCAAUGGACCCUAAAUUUUGGGAAGACCCGGAAGAGUAUCUCCCAGAAAGAUUCCUGACUAAAAGCGUCGAUUUUAAAGGUCAAGACUUUGAGAUGGUACCAUUUGGUAUGGGACGGAGAGGUUGCCCUGGUAUUAACUUCGCUUUGGUUUUAAUUGAGCUUGUUCUUGCAAAUCUUAUACAUAGCUUUGACUGGGAGUUGCCCGUUGGAAUUAAAAAGGAGGAAAUUGAUAUGCAAGAAGCUCCUGGGAUCACAGUGCACAAAAAAGUUCCAUUUUUCCUGGUUGCUACUACUGCAAAAAAUGCAUGCCGCAAUGCAUAG